AUUGGUUUUAACAAAUAUGCCGAAGGAUCGUCACUGAAUAUAUUGCCAAAAAAGUUAAAAAUAGUGUCCUGACGUCGCGUCUGGACAUAACAGAGUUUAUUCUCAGUAUCGUAGCAAGCAUAAGAAAUAAAACACGAUAAUCAUAGAAAUUAGUAAUUACUUAAUUUUAUAAACGACAAAUAUAAGUUAUUGUGUUUAUAAUACGAAUGUAUACAUUUCGGGUUGGAAAUAAAACUGAUAGUAAACGUGGUUGAGACUUGAAACAGUAACGCCACUGUUUAACGUUUAAAAUCCGAAAAAAUCUAAUUAUCUCACUUUCAAACACCUUUUAGUUUAUUUUGAGUUUUCCUGGAGAAUAGUAAACCUUCGCUUAACGUUCUCAAGUUAAAUAUAAAGAAAUCUGUCUAAAAAUAUCUCUGGCACAAAUCAGUUAACUUAAGAGAUUCGCAGGACAAAUAUGAUAGUUAUUAAAAUUUACAUUUGUUUCUGUAUGUUUAAUAUGACUCGUUAUCAAGUGGAUAUCUAAUUAAUAAAUGAUGAAAAUUACUAUAUUGUACGGAAUUAUCAUAUCUUUGGUAAUAUUAAACUCGGUGCGUGGAGACAAGAGGUGGAAGAAUAACGAUGAAAAUAAUUUGACAAAUAAUGAAAAAAGUCCGACGAAGAAAAAAUUGCGCAGUGAAGAUCAAAUAGUAAAACAUAGCAAUAAUGACGAACCAAAUCAAAAACGAUUUAUCGGCAGAAUAGAGCAUGGAAAAGUUAAGGUGUUAAGAAGAAAAAGUGAAAAUGAAAAACAUGCAAAAGCAAAUAGAAACGAAGAUGAAUUUUGUAGAAACGAAAACGACAAAAAUGUAGAUUGUACGGUGGAUAGUGAUAAUGAUGAAAGUAGUUCCAGCGAAGAGUUAACAAAACCCAAAAGAAAAAUAAAAUACAGUAUUAAAUUUCAACACGAAAAACAGAAAAAGAAGCAAUUUAACGGCGACGUCAGUAUUAUGAGACUGCACAAGAAUGAAAGAAAAUACAGCAAAUAUGAAAAGGAUGAGGAUUCCAUGGAAGAAGAUGAGAGCCCUAUUAAAAAAAGAUUUAAUUUCUUAGAAGAUGAGGAGGAUUGAGCCUUUAUAAAAUGUUAGAAAAAAAAUAUAUAAAAUAGUUAUUCAAAAUGCGAUGAUUUUAUUGCCAUUUAUAAUAUACUAUUAUAUACCACUUAUUCGAAGUUCUGUGCAUUAUACAAAAUAGGCAACCAGUAAAUCUAGCUACAAAUAUGGAAAAAGAAAUAAUUUAUUUAUCAAGACUUUCAUGUUUUAAUAAUAGAUUCGAUUCAAAUAGUGUAGUUUUUCUAAAGCCUUUUCAAUAUCCAGACUACAUUAUUCAAACAAAUGUUCUGUGAGUGAAACAUACAGUACCAUGUCCAUCAUAAUUUUGACUGCAGCAAUUACUGCUACUUUACUAAGACUGCAUGUUUCUCUAAUCUAUUUUCUUAUACUGGUCUCAAAGAAAGCUGUUUGAUAUGUAUGAUCUUGCAAUUCAUUUCGUCAUUAUCAAGGAAUUAAAAUUAAAUAAAGAGUAAAAACUACAAAAAAUUAGUUACAGAUAUAAAUUAAUCUAUAAUUAAUCAUUAAUAAUUUAACAAAGCAUUUUAUUACCAUUGCCCACAUGUCAGUAUAUUAACAUAAAUAAUUAGGCUUUCACAUAUAUAAAGAAUGGAACCUGCAGGUACAUUUAGUUAUCUGCAGGUACAUUCUAUGCUAUGUAGUAGAACUUGUUAACGAUUUAAUCAUAUUACUGCUGUAAUUUAUAAAAAUAUCAGUUAUAUUAUAAUAUAAACAUUACAUAUUUAUUAAAAUGUAAAUAAACCGAUUAUAAAUUAGGAUCUAAACUUAUGUCUGAUAUCUAAUAAUAAAGUGAGGUUAAUCUA